AUGCCAGAAGGGAGCCGAGGAAGAAGUCCUUUCCUGUCCGCGGGUUCCGUAGCACGGUUAGCCAGCUGUCUGACCGAGCGGCAACAUGUUCCGAGCCGUGUUCCGACUGUCAGCCUCCGGGGUGCGAACUGUGGCUCGGUCCCGGCCUUGUUACUCAGCUCCUUUGGCCUCCAGGUGCUACUCCCAUGGCAAGGUGGAGACAGACGAGGAGUUUGAUGCCCGCUGGGUCACUUAUUUCAACAAGCCAGACAUAGAUGCAUGGGAACUGAAGAAAGGCAUGAAUACUCUGAUUGGGUAUGACCUGGUACCUGAGGCCAAGAUCCUGGACUCGGCACUGAGGGCUUGUCGGAGACUGAAUGACCUGGCCAGCGCCAUCCGUAUCCUAGAGGCUAUCAAGGACAAAGCUGGCCCCCACAAAGACAUCUAUCCAUACCUGAUCCAAGAGUUGAAGCCCACCCUGACAGAACUCGGCAUCUCAACACCAGAGGAGCUUGGCAUUGACAAGAUCUAGACUGCCAAGGUCAUUUGAUGUAUAAAGAGGAGAAUCCCUGCUCUUCAGAUUCUCUGCUUUCCCAGUGUCUCUACUCUUGACUGAAUCCAUGUUGUCCUGUUGUGUAUAAAAUGGUGGACUUAAUAAAGAAAAGCAAUAACUGAU